AUUGGGAUAUUGAUUUGUUAUCUCCCUUCAUCAUUCAUCAUCGCGUUACUAGUAUAAAAAUCAAAGUUUGGGACUUUGAUUUGUUUUAUCACUUCUUCCUUUUAUCGGUGCUCUAAAAGAAACAUCUUUCUCUGGAAAUUCUCCGAAUUCAGGGAUUUUGGUUCCUUAAAUCUGCCUGAUUUGGAAGCUGUUUGUUUCCUUGUCUUCUUCUUGGGUUUUGUUUAUUCCUUGAUAUAAAAAUUCAAUCUUUGUCUGGUCAUCAUGGGUAGUACUAAUUGGAGAAGACAGAAACCCAGAAACUUUAUUAAUAAUAAUCAUAUUCAUCAACAAGGGCCGACGCUAACUUCAUCUAAGCCGCCUCUUGCUAAUUCCAAACUCUCUGUUCCGGCGUGGGAGAAAGAUUUCUGUGCUGUGAUUGGUUCGGUUCCAUGGUGGAGAGUUGUAGAGGCCAAGCGGUUUAUGCACAUAUACGAUAGAGUGGUCGAAUGGGAUGACUCAGCGGGGGAAGCGGCAUUCAAGAACGCUAAAUCCCGGUUCUGGGCAGAAAUUAAUGGCUUUACUUGUGACUUAUCUUUGCCUGAUCCUGAUGUCUACAUUGAUGAUGUUGAUUGGGACGCUGAAGUUGACACCGAGCUCAUUCUUGACCUUGAACAUGGUCCAGACCCGAUACCAGAAGAAGAACAUGUAGUCAUUCUCGAUGCCUUGGCCUUGUCUGCACAGUAUGAUGGGCAAGUUUGGGGAACUGGUUGGGGAGACGCUGAAGGGAUUAACGAGGACAAUGUUGGAAUAGGUAAACCGGUCAACUCAUGGGAUGAUCAUAAAUGUGAUGGAUGGAAUGAAGAUUCUUGGGGGAUAAAGGAGAAAACUGAAUCUUGGGAUCACAACAACAACAGCUUCAAAACCGAAUCUUGUUAUCAAAAGAACAGCACCAACAAUAACAGCUUCAAAAUUGAAUCUUGGGAUCAAAAGAAGAACUACAACAACAGCAGAUUCAAAAUCGAAUCUCGGGAUCACAACAACAGCUUCAAAAUCAAAUCUUGGGAUCACAACAACAGCAACAGCUUUAACCAGAAGAAGGUUGAGGAUCGGAACAGUAGGGAUCAAGCAAGAGAGGGCAGAGGGUGGAGAAAGAGAGGAGAAGUAAGACAUGGAGGAGAGGAUUGUCGAUGGAGGAAUGGGAGAGGGAGAAGCAGAGGAGGCGGGUUUCAACAACAGUCAAGUGGUUGGGGUUGGACCGAAUCCUUCUAAUAUCAGACAGAGCGUCUCUGUUUGAUGAACAUUUUUGAAGAAAGAGCCAUAGUAAUAGGUUAAUAGUGUUGCGUGUGAGUGUGUGUAAGAGUUAAGAAACAUAUUGAUGGCUCAAAACUAUUUUUUGUCUAAAUGUUUCUGAAGAUAAAUACUUAUUGUGUAAGUUUUGGGAAUGGUAUUUGACUGAAUCUCAA